AUGUUUGUCGAUGAAACUUGCAAGGCCGGAACAAAGCGGCAAAACCAUCCUUCCUACAUAGACUUUUAUGAGGGAGUGAUCACUGGGAAUGGGUCCAUCAUUGUGACUGCAGUCAAUAUCACUCAAGCUGAUCUUCGACCUGUGGCAGGACCAAAGAACGGCUGGUUCGUAGACGCCUUGGUUUAUGAGCUUGAUAUCGAAUCAAACAAAGUUUUAUUUCGUUGGAGCGCAAUUGAACAUCUUCAGAGAAUACCGUUUAAACUAUCCAAGAAUCCACUUGCUGGAGCCGGAAGAUCUGAGAGAGACCCAUGGAAUUUCUUUCAUAUAAAUUCUGUUAUUCGAUAUGGAGAUUCUUACCUUGUGUCUUGGCGGUAUGGAUGCAGCGUGCUCCUUGUAUCGAAAAAUGGGGAGGUAAUCUGGAAUCUCAAUGGCAUCAAUGGCGGUGACUUCAAACUGGGCCGAGAUGCGAAUUUUUGCUAUCAGUACGGCCUUCGCCUCUCGGAUCAGACAAAGGACAAGAUCACUAUUAGCUUUCACAAUAAUGACAAUGCGGAGUUUACUACCCGAUUGAAGAUAACAACGGGAAUGAUCUUAGAUCUCGAUUUGCAGAACAAGACGGCAGUAUUGAAGCGAAGAGUUUGGAAUAACGCAGAUCCGGUCAAAACCCAAGACUUGGGAAUGAUUGAGGAGUAUAACGAGAAUGGUGCGCUUGUUAUGAAAGUUCGCUAUGGCUAUGAUAAAGUCGAGUCCACUUAUUGUGUUCAUCGAGUCCCUUGGAUUGGCACACCCAAAACAAAACCAAGCGUUAAAGCAUGCCGCACUGUUCCUAGUGGGGAGCUAACAGUGUACGUGAGUUGGAAUGGGGCAACAGGAGUGGAAUCUUGGAUGGUCUAUGAAAAGCCAACCGAAGGGCCGUCAAAGAUGUCGAAGAUCGAACCAAGGAAUGGAUUCGAGACGGCAAUCAGAGGAGUGAAGGAUGCAGGUAAUACCGUUGUAGUUGGUGCAGUUGGAGGGCCCAAUAAUGGUGUAGAAUCCAACCCCGUUGCGGUUAUCGAUUGUUCUUAA